AUGAGAUGGAUCGAGAACGGAGCACCUGACAAAGGACAUCUAGAGGAAAACAGCUACAAGAUAUUGAAGCAAUUUUAUCUGAAGAGAAAUGAUUUUUUGUACUUGAACAAAGACGGGAUCGUGGCCUGUAAACGCAAGAAAGAUGACAAGGUCCUUUACAAUCACAAUUCAAUAGUGUUACCACAGUUAUACCAGACCGAAUUGCUCUUUCGUUCACAUGAUCAGAUGGGCCAUCAAGGCGUGAACAAGGUGUACAAUAGAAUACAGAAUCGGUUCAAAUGGCCUGGUUUGAAGAAGGCCUGUGAUAAGUGGAUCUCUGCAUACUUAUCGUGUCAACAAGCGAAGGACCCCAGGAAAUUGAGGUUUCCCCUGCAGCCAUUAGAGUCAUCAAGAUUCAACGAGGUGGUCGAAUUGAUCAUCGGAAGACGUGCGUGA